AGGGUCACAGGAUACCGUACUAAAGGGUCUACUUUCGGGCAGCGAAGAUUUGUCUUUGCCGACUGAUUAAAUACCAUUGCAGAAUUCACUCUCCUCUUGAUCUGCUCUAAUUUUCUUCCACUCACUUGGGUACAAUUUCGGUGACACAUCAUCUUUUUUGAACAGACACCACCUUGUCCUCUCUCUAAUCACUUGCACGUACAGACUUUUUCCCGUCAAGUGUCCUUUCCCCCAUCUAGUUUUAAAGUUUCUACCUCACUCCUUGAAGUUUUUGAAUUUCUAAAAUGACUUACUUGUCGAAGUUGGCUCUCGCUACGGCAACGCUCUUUUCGGGCAGAGCCGUAGUUGCCCAGGAAGCGGAAAAGAAGGUCGAUGGACCCGUCGUUGGUAUCGAUUUGGGAACGACCUACUCCUGUGUCGGUAUCUACAAGAACGGACGUGUUGAGAUCAUCCCGAACGAUCAGGUAUUCUUGCUUUUUUAUUGUCUUGGCGUCUUAGGCGUGGGUCGGUAUCGUUCGGAAAAUGAACAAUGUCAGUCAUUUUUUUACAAUUGUGAUUUUUAUUUAGAUUUGGUGGUCGAAUCAAAAGUUGUUGUUUGUAACUAGUGAAAGCGACCCGAUCUGUCAGUAUCAUAGAUCUAGAUUUAGAUUCUUGAGAUUUGGAAAACGGGUCGAGUCGACUUUUGAAGUCUAAAGAAGGGCUCUCUAUUUCUAGACCCCAUUCACCCUUCCGUGUCCGCCACGACCAUUCCUUCUCUUAAAUACUAACAGGGUAACCGAAUUACUCCGUCGUACGUGGCUUUCACCGUCGGUGACGAUGACGAGACCCGCCUUCUUGGUGAGGCGGCCAAGCAGCAGGCUACUAUCCAGCCGGAGCAAACAUUGUUCGAUGUCAAGCGUCUGAUCGGUCGUCGUUACAAGGACAAAUCUGUUCAAUCCGACAAGAAGCUUCUUCCGUACGCUAUCGUCGACAAGGGUGGAAAGCCAUACAUCCGCGUCAAGGUUAAGGGUAAUAAUUCGUUCUUCCUUCGACUUAGUUAUUCGUGAGUUUGGAUCUAUUCUGCCUGGCUAGGUGCAUGGAAGAUGGGCGUUUUUGAUAGCCGAUGUCCAUGGCGGUUUCAUGAGUAUGUUUCCGGACUGAGGGUCACUCAUGAGAAGUUUCUUGUCUACUGCCCUCCCUCUUUUCCUAAUCCCAUUCUCUCAAAAAUUUCCCACAGGUGAGUCCAAGGACAUGUCGCCGGAGGAAGUUUCCGCGCUCGUCCUCGUCAAGAUGAAGGAGACCGCGGAGAACUACUUGGGAAAGACCGUCAGUACUAAUCCUUUUCCUGUUCUUCAUCUCUUAGAGCUUUGUGUGGAGAAUCAACGGACGAGAUUUCUUGUGUGACUCAUGAAUUCUGUUUCUUGGUACGGGGAAAGUUUUUGCUGUUGUACUAUUGCUCAUACUGUCCGAGAGAAACUCGGUCGACAGUCUUAUGAUUUAUCCUACCUUUCUCAGAUCACGCGGUCAUCACGGUCCCGGCUUACUUCUCUGAUGCUCAGCGUCAGGCUACCAAGGAUGCCGGAACCAUCGCUGGUUUGAACGUGAUGCGUAUUAUCAACGAACCGACCGCAGCCGCUAUCGCCUAUGGCUUGGACAAGCAGGCUGAGAAGAACAUCCUCGUCUACGAUUUGGGUGGUGGUACCUUCGAUGUCUCUCUCCUGACUAUCGACAAUGGUGUCUUCGAGGUGGUCGCAACCAGCGGUGACACCCAUUUGGGUGGUGAGGACUUCGAUCAGCGUCUGAUGACGCACUUCAUGGAACGCUUUAAGAAGGCAUCCGGCUCCGACAUGUCCAAGGACAAGAAGGCCAUCCAGAAGCUCCGUCGUGAAGUUGAGAAGGCCAAGCGCGCUUUGUCCUCCACCGCGUCCGUGCAGGUCCGCGUCGAGGCCCUCUUCGACGGUAAGGAUUUGGAUGAUACCCUGUCUCGUGCCAAGUUCGAGCAGCUGAACGAUGAUCUCUUCAAAAAGACCCUGAAGCCGGUCCAGGACGUGCUCUCCGACUCCAAGAUGUACUAUUUUGAACCUACUUCAAAUUUUCUGUUGUUUUGAGAAGACUGCUUGGUGUGUCUAGAUCACGUUCGACUUUUUCUUCGUUAGAAUGAUCACAGGUCCAAGUCCGAAAUCCACGAGUCGGAUCAGUCUAAACGAAUCAUCCAAAAUCCAGGUCCAAGUCCGAAAUCCACGAGAUUGUGCUUGUCGGUGGUUCUACUCGUAUCCCGAAGGUCCAGUCUCUGAUCAAGGACUUCUUCAACGGCAAGGAGCCCAACCGUGGCAUCAACCCGGAUGAGGCCGUCGCUUACGGUGCUGCUGUCCAGGCUGGUAUCUUGUCCGGCGAGGGAGGCCAGGACUUGCUGUUGUUGGACGUGACUCCGUUAACCCUGGGUAUCGAGACCGUCGGUGGCGUCAUGACCAAGCUCAUCUCCCGUAACACCGUGAUCCCGACCAAGAAGAGUCAAAUCUUCUCCACCUAUCAGGACAACCAGCCGGCCGUGAACAUCCAGGUCUUCGAGGGUGAGCGCCCGAUGACCAAGGACAACCACUUGUUGGGCAAGUUCGAGCUUGGUGGAAUCCCUCCGGCCCCGCGUGGUCAGCCGCAGAUCGAGGUUACCUUCGAGAUCGACUCCAACGGUAUCCUCAACGUCGGUGCCGAGGACAAGGGAACCGGAAAGUCUGAGAAGAUCACCAUCACCAACGAUAAGGGCCGCCUCACUGAGGAGGAAAUCGAACGUAUGGUGCGCGAAGCCGAGGAGUACGCUGAGGAGGACAAGAAGACGAAGGAACGAAUCGACGCCAAGAACGCAUUCGACUCCUACAUGCACGGACUCAAGUCCGCUCUCGAGGGAGGUGCCGAUGGCAAGGGACUCGGAGAUAAGAUGGACGACGAUGACAAGGAGAAGGUACUGGAUUUGUCUUUUUGUUAAAAAGCAAAUUCUCAAAUAACUAGUUGGGUAAUAUCUUCAUGUGAUUCCUCUGAGUGUGGGGAUCGAUUGUUCAGAUUUUUCCUCCCUUCUUGUUGAAAAUAAACAUGAACAUCCAAGAACUACUACAGUUUUUUUAGAACAUCCUAAAAAUAUUUUACAACAUCUUCACAACGUCACAAAAACAGGUGAAGGAGGCUAUGGAAGACGGUCAGUCUUGGAUGGACUCCAAUCCGGAGGCUGAUGCCGAAGACAUCAAGGAGAAGCACAAGGAGGUUGAGGGCAUCUGCGCCCCGGUCAUCUCCAAGUAUUACGGCGCUGGCGGUGCCGGUGGUGAGGGUGCUGGUGCCGAGGACGAUGACGAUGACGAGGCUCAUGACGAAUUGUAAGCGGAAACAGGGGGAACCACAACUGUUGUACUCUAAUAGGGAUUUGAAAAUGUUGACGUUCACGUGAUGGAAGAUGCGCGUCAGCAAGAACCCAGUUUUAUCUUACAUAUCGUCAAUCCACGUUGCAAGUCGUCUCUCGUCACAUUACUAUGUCAUACUUAGGAUACACAUCAUCGUACUGAAGAUUCAAAAAGAAGUAGGUCAAAAAGGCGAGUUCUGCUGUAGACGUUAAAAUAGUACUUUGGUUCCAUCUCUGGGAGAAUGGGCGUCAUUCAACCUCCCUCCUAGGGAUCAGGCGGAGGGGCAGGCGUUCCAGUAUUGUACAAAAGAAGGAAAAACAGGAGUAUGAUUUCGAAUCGACACAUACUUGUACAACACCCAUAUGAACAUUAAUUACAUUGGUUAGAUUACAGCUAUACACUUUGUGGAGCGAUUAAAUGCGGAAGGGGCUUGCAUAGCUGCGGCUAUGUCUCGAAGAGAUCGACCCUGGAAGCGCUAUACAGACGUUACUCAUGAAAUCGGACAAGAAUAGAAGAUUAUAUCAGUCUACAUAAGAAAACCAUACAUGGAGCAUUGAAGCCUUGAUGUGAAAUGCAUUAAUAUUUCGUCGCUUUAUCGAUACUUCUAUGCGGUGUCCAUCUACACCCUUUCCCCGUGACAAAAGCUGCCAGUAGGGUCUGUGUUUGUCCCCCAGCAUACAUUUCGAAUAUUGUCACCACAUAAGUGAAAAAGCUUCCUUUGUACUCUACCCUGACGGUCGUCGACUUUCGUUUAGAUUGAAUUAACUAUUCUAAGUUAGACGAAGAAACAGCGCCUCGAUUGGAGGGAGUAUACCAUAGGCGGACGCUAGCGGAACCCGAACCCACUCUCCCCUCUAUAUCUUCACUUGCAUGGCAGUGACAUCCAGAAAUUCGAUUUGGUAGAAGGAAUGUGCGUAGGACUUUGAUAUUCCAUGUCGGAUUUUUUUGCAUUCACCUCAUACAUUCUCGAGCUCGUUGUGGUGGCCCGGUGGUUGUCAUCCGCCGAAAAACUUUUCGAUGUGGCCGGUUCUGAUUUUUGACAAAGAAGAAAAGCAUGGAAAUCAUCAAUCACCCCCGCGAAAGGGAGGUGCGGCGACCCUUACCCCCGUCAGGAUUGUCCGAUGCUGCUGCUGUUGUUCAUAUCGUGCUGAAUUACUGAUAUCCACAACUCCGAUACAUCUUCCAGGAGGGCUGAUUUUAGUGGACAAUUCUGAUCAUUCCUUUACGAAUCAACUCAUCUG